CCGGUCGACGAGAUCCUGUGGCGUGUGCGUUUGUUUCUCAGGUAAAACAUGGCUAAAAGCUUACGGAGCAAGUGGAAAAGAAAAAUGCGCGCUGAAAAGAGAAAAAAGAAUGCCCCAAAGGAGCUCAGCAGGCUUAAAAGUAUUCUCAAACUAGACGGUGAUGUUUUAAUGAAAGAUGUUCAAGAGAUAGUAACUGUGGUGGUACACAAACCCAAACAUUGCCAAGAGAAAAUGCAAUGUGAGGUAAAAGAUGAAAAAGAUGACAUGAAAAUGGAGACUGAUAUUAAGAGAAACAAAAAGACUCUUCUAGACCAGAAUGGGCAGUACCCAAUAUGGAUGAACCAAAGGCAAAGAAAAAAGCUGAAGGCAAAGCGAGAGAGAAGAAAGGGGAAAAGUAAAGCAAAAACAGUGAAAGUGGCAAAGGGUUUGGCCUGGUAGACUCUUAAAACCUUGGAAAAUGCCACAUGGGACAGGUGAUGGAUUAGAAUGUAUACACAUGUAUAACUUGAUUUCAACUCCCACCAAAUGAAAACUAUUUGUUUUCCUAUUUUAACUUGGCCUUUUUUCUUCAAUUCAAACCCAGCAUAACUCCUCAAGUUUGUUUUGGGAACUUGAAUAAAAUACUUUGUUUCAUA